AUGUACACUGAAGUAGAUGUGUUCGUUUCGAACUAUACGCUAAUAGAUCCAGAAAUAUAUCAGCUUUGGAUUGAAGGAUGUUCCUCAAGUGAAGCUGUCUCAACAUUACAUCAAAGAGCGGCUGCAAAACAAACCGGAGCUACUGUUGAGCUCAUAGCUAGUGAUGUAUUGGACCAUUACAGAACCUUCGCACUAUUGGAGCGAUUAUUGACAGUACCAGCAAAGCUUUCAGAGCAGAUGAUAUUUCAAAUUGAUGAACCAACCAAGCAGAUGCUUAUUGAGAAGUACUAUGAAUUGGACGAUGCUGUGAUACGGGAAUUACUUGGCAGAAAACUAUCUUCCAGACAUAGAAAGGAUCUCGAUGAGGUUUCAGAGAGGUCAGGCGCACCAUUGCGUUGCUGUCGCCGCCAGUUCGACAAUGUACGCCGGGUCUUCAAAGCGGUUGAAGAAAUGCCUGGUUCUGUGGAAAGUAACAUCCGGGCGACGUUCUUGCUAUCAGAGCGACUCGCUAGGAAAUAUGGUGCAGUCGUGUUCCUAGCCUGUAUGCGAUUCGAGACGAACAAACGGAAACUCCAAUAUCUUUCGUUCACGGACUUGUACCAGUGCGCCCGCGCAAUACAAUCCGGCUGGACAUACAGCUGUACAGGCCCGGAAUAUUAUGACACCGAGAUGGACAGGGAGUUUUUACUCGAACUUCGUGAUUUGAGGAUUUUACUCGAAAAAGAGAAAGAACAUAAGCAUUUGAUCUGCAUGCGACUGAAACCGAAAGUUCUAGAGAAAUCCUAUCAAGAGCUGGAGUUGAAUUUUAGAUUAUAUACACGCGCUCUCGUUGGUGUUGCCUGUAAUUUGCACCGCGCCAGAGAACUACGCUCUCUAUUUGUGGAUCUGCUAGAGAGGUGUGUAGAACCGCUGCGCAUGGGCGGCUGGCCCAAAACGGACCUCACUCAAUUUCUAUGCGCUUACGAGCAAUGCGCACUACAAAUGGAUGUGCUAAGGGAAGCGGAUCUGAAGUCGGUAUGGGAACGAUACAUGCGAGUUAUAAGCCAGUGCUUACUCACCAUGUACCAUACAUAA